UUGUUGAUAAAGAAAUUAAAGUCAAAACUAAACAAGGAGUCUCCUGCGACACACGUGCUAGUUUAUUCCAUUGUUUUAUUCACGUCAGUUAUCGGAUUUCGACUCAAGAUGUAUUUAGAAGGUCAACACUACAUGGUUUUGUAUACGGAAGAAGACAAGCAGGCUGUUAAAAAAGAAAUUGGAUUAAAAGACGGUGUACUCGAAGAAGAUAUUAAUUUAAUUAUUGAAUGGUUCAAGAAACAACCACACCUGGCUGAAGCACCCAUAGAUCGCGAUUUCAUCGAAAGAAUUUUGGUCUCUGCGAAAGGCUCUCGAGAAAAAGCUAAAUACAGGAUUGACAAUUUCUAUAAGUACAGAGCAUUGGCCCCAGAGUUAAUACAAAGUAGAGUUGAAAUACUUUCGAAGACUGAUGAAAAUAUUUGGACAUUUUUCCAUCAAGGAAUAGUACCACAACUUUAUAAUGGAAAAAGAGUUUCAUUAAUUAAUUUUGAAUCUGAUCCAAGCACUUUUGACACUGAAGUUUUGUAUAGAAAUAUAAUUCUUAUGGCUGACUUCCGAUUGAAAUAUGAUUAUAUGUUCAAUGAGAUUUGGGUUGUAGAUUUAAAUAAUGCGGGAUUUGGACACUUAAUGCGUUAUAAUCCGAUAAUUUUUCAAAAGGCAGUCAAUAUUUAUCAGGAGGGAUUAGGUGUACGGGUGAGCAAAAUACACUGUGUGAAUGCACCGGUGUUCGGUCAUCAUGUAGCUAAUUUUAUGAAAAAAUUUGUAAAGGCAAAACUGAUGGAACGUGUUAUUAUUCAUGAUUCGCUGGAGAGCUUACAUAAACAUUUACCUAAACAAUAUCUUCCAAAAGAUUACGGUGGUGAUCUGCCAACCUUAAAAGAGUACUCAGAUAGAUUCGAUAAAGAAUUUAGAACGGAAAAAACUAAAAACAUACUUAUAGAUUUCUGCAAGCUAGUUUCUGAUGAAAGUAAAAGGCCCAGAGAAAAAUACAAUGAAGAAGCUAUCGUUGGUUCCUUUAAAAAAUUAGAUUUUGACUAA